AUGGCCUCGGAAUUUGCCCAGUAUUUUACCUACGAAGCCCGCCUGGCCUCCUUCCAAAAGACCACAAAGAAGCGCGGGUCAACAACCGGCGGCCGAGCAGCCAAGGCUCUCAAUUGGCCGCAUAAGCAAAUCUCCAUCACAAGCCUUGCCAGAGCCGGAUUCGUAUUCAGGCCGAGUCCCGAAAGCCCCGACAACACCGUUUGCUUCCUAUGCGAAAAGGGACUGGACGGGUGGGAGGCGGGCGAUGACCCGGUCUACGAACACGUCAAACAUGCGCCCCAUUGCGGCUGGGCGAUUGUUGCUGCCAUCGAGGCAGACAUUGGAGACUACGGCCGAGAGGAUCCCAACGACCCCGAUAUGGUGGAUGCUCGUAGGGCAACCUUUGCGGACCGAUGGCCUCACGAAAACAAGAAGGGCUGGAAGUGCAAGACGAAGCAGCUGGUAGAAGCUGGCUGGAAGUACACACCGACCGAGGAGUCGGACGACAUGGCUACGUGUGCAUACUGCCACUUGGCACUCGAUGGGUGGGAACAGGGCGACAAACCUCUAGAUGAGCAUUACAACCGGUCUCCCGACUGUCCGUUUUUCGCUCUGGUCAGCCAGUAUAGAGCACUAGGAAAGGGAUCUGGCCGUGCAAGAUCAGCGCGCAACUCUGCCUCGUCCAUUCAGUCAUACGGCACAGCCGCUGCCGACGUUUCGAAUGCCAGCGAUGUGAGCGCGAGUCUGGACGAUAGCGUUGUAACAACUGCAUCGUCGGCCUCGCAGCUCGGGACGAAAAAGCCUAGAGGAAGGAAGGGAGCGGUGGCGAAGGCGGGUAGAAAGAAGAACAAGAAAGACGAGCAGUCUGAAGCGCUCGAGCAGGACAGCCAAGUGGAGGAACCACGGCCUACAAAGGUCAGACGAGGCAAGAAGAGGCCGAGCGACGCGGUGGAGGAAUUGGCGACAAGCUCGGGAGACGGGCCCAUUUCGAAGAAGCGAUCAUCGCAAGCUCUUGGUCACGAUACGAUUGACGAUCUUGCUGCCCACGAUGAGGAUUCUGAGAUGACGGACGUGUCCCGAGCAUCCUACAGUACGGACACCGCGCCAUCACGCCCAAAGGCGGGCCGCAAACUUGUCUCAAAAUUGAAAUCGCAAGCCUCCAUGGCAUCUUUACGGGCUCCUGGGGGAUUUCCAGACGAUGAUGAGAUUGAACGCCAGUUGGAGGUGGACCUGGAACACCAGCUCACUGACGAUGAGAUUGCCCACCAUUCCGACUCUGGGCAAACAAAGGCAAAAGCUGGAACAGACACGGAGAGUGAAGCCAUUCGCCCGACAAAGCCAAGGUCUCCCGAAUAUGCAAUGUUUGACCCAGUGGUGCCCGAGCCCAGCGAAGAAGAGAUCGACGAUGAUCUCAAAGCCUUGAAGGCUGAGAUGCAGGUGGAGGAGCCAAUUCAGGUACCGAAGAAAGGUCGCAAAGCUGGAGUCAGAAAGGGAACAAAGCAGGCAAAAGCUCGGACUGCCAAGCCGGAAUCACUUGCUCGAGACGGGGAGACUGAAUCUGAUAUCCCAGAGUCACAGCAAGAAGAUGUGCUGGCAUCCGCUGAUGUCAGUGAAAACAGUACGGGAAGCGUGGUGAGGAAACCAGGGGCCGCUGCACCUGGUAAACGGGGCCGUGGUCGUCCAAAGGCCUCCCUCGCAUUGCAAGACGAGUCUGUCGAUACGGAAGCUACCGAGUCAUCACAGCAGUCGCUGAAGCGAGGCCCCGGCCGACCUGCGAGGGUGUCGUUGGCAUCCCUACUAUCCGCCGAGGUUGAUGACGCCAAUCCGUCUGAGCCCCCAGCCAAGAGAGGCCGCGGUCGUCCUUCGAAUGCCUCGUCGGUCACACUGGACUCUACCGGAGCGGACGAAGAUAAGCCAGUCGAGAUGCCGCCCGCAGAGCCAGUUGAGACGGAAGCCGAGGAUGACUUGGCCGACGUCCGCCAACUCCCGGAGGUGCCUGUUCGAUUACCCAAGCAAUCGCCCGUUCGAGCCAUAUUCUCACCAAAGGGAAAAGGGCCCCUCGCGCCAGUGCCAGGUACUUCGUCCAAGCUGUCUCCCGUCACCUCAGCUAGACAGCCUGUAUUGUCGCCUUCACAAUCCCCACAGUCAUCGGACGCAGAGAAUCAACCGCCCGCCUCUCGCGCCCUCAGGGGUAGUGCCGCGAAACGACUGGUGCUGGCCUCUGUGGCAUCCACUCCACCCCCGGGAUCACCCUCGAAGCGCAACGUUAUGGCCGGGCUUCGAAGCACGACGCCGUGGGCUUCGGCGAGCCUCGAGGCUAUUUUCGAGUCACCUUUGGGCAGCCCGGGCAAGGAGAAUGACGUCGAUCGCUUCCUGACGCGAGGCAACGAGUUGACUAGUCCAGAGAGGCAGAUGACUGUGGAGGAAUGGAUCUACUUUAACGCAGCGGAGGCGGAGAAGAAGCUCAAGUUUGAAUGCGAGUCUCUUGUGAACCGGUUCGAGAUGGAGGGCACGAGAGCCAUCAAAGUUUUGGAGGGCUUGGAGGUGGAAUCAGCGAGCUAG